UUUGACUCCAAAUCGACUCGAUCGAUUUCGACUUGUCCUUUGUCUUCAUUAGUUUAGUUUUUCUUGUUUGAUUUCAAUGUUUAGCCAUUGUAUUUUGUAAUCAUCAUCACGACACCAAUUAUUUUACUUUUCAGCUCGGAAAGGCUCCAGAGCAUGCAGUGUGCAUGGAUCAAUUCGUAGUCUAAAACACUAGUAAUUUUGUUAACGUGGCAUCUGUCAUGUUUCAAUGAUAUGAGUUUCUUGUAUCAUUGAAUUCAAAUUGAAUUGAAACCAGUGCAUGACCACUGGCCCUGACUGGGUCAGACCUGUAGACUGUUCUGGUCCAGAAAGGUAUCCUGGCUUCGUUAAACAUACGACCAGGGAGUGGGGACGCGACGAUGAGGGAUUCUUGGGCUGCAAUAAAGCCUGUUGUUCGUCCAAAUGGUGGUUAUCAGCGCAUACCGCCGAAGAUUGGCGGCGCUCUCUUUCUGAUGAUGGCUGUAACACUGGUCUAUUUGAUCUUGCCCGACCAUCAACGAACAGCACCUUCAGAUGGUCAUCCAAACUACCCACUGGUGUCCGGAAAACGAACCAGUGACGGAGUCACGUUUCGCAUUGCAACUGUUUCCGACUUGGACCAGCGAUCCAAGGUGGAUGGCGACAAGAACUCCUGGGUUAGCUAUUUGAAACUUGGUCAGCUGACACUGCUCAACACAGGAAAGGUGAUCGUGGAGUUCGAAGAUCAAGCGGAGCGACUGGUGGGACACAUAUCUGAAAAGGGCCGUGCCAUUGAGCUCUCCGAGCUGGUCCUGUUCAAUCAUCGUCUCUAUACUGUUGAUGACCGCACCGGCAUUGUGUAUGAGAUUGACAGUCAACACAAUCUGGUUCCCUGGGUGAUCUUGCGCAAUGGCAAUGGUCACUUGCCGGAAGCGUUUAAGGCCGAGUGGAUGGCAGUGAAGGACGGUGACCUGUACGUGGGUGGCCUGGGAAAGGACUGGACCACUGGUGACGGGGUGCUACUCAACAAGAAUCCUAAGUGGGUGAAGAUUAUCUCCCCGAAUGGUGCAGUUCGCCAUGAAAACUGGACGUUGCGCUACGAGGCACUUCAAGCUGCAGCUGGUAUCCGCUGGCCGGGCUAUAUCAUCCAUGAGUCUGCAGUGUGGAGUAAGAUUCACCGCCGCUGGUACUUCUUGCCCAGGAGAUCCAGCAAUGAAAGGUAUAAUGAAAAAGAGGAUGAGCGUCGGGGCACCAAUUUGAUGAUCUCGUGUCGGGAUGACUUCACCGAUAUCCAGGUCAGCCAUCUUGGUGACCUCAACCCAACGCAUGGCUUCUCCUCCUUCAAGUUUGUACCCGGGACCCACGAUGAAGUCAUUGUUGCUCUGAAAUCGGAGGAAUUUGGUGAAACUCUAGCUUCCUAUAUCGUUGCAUUCAACAUCAAUGGCAGGAAACUUAUGCCCGAGAAAAAGUUUGCCGAAGCAAAAUUCGAGGGACUGGAGUUCUUAUAGUACACGCAUCAUGCCUGCUGCCUGCCUGGCAUUCGAUCCCUUACUUCAUUAUUACAAUUGCACAUAGACCUUUUUUUAAAGAUACUUAUAUCUUUUCAGACCACAUGAUGUAGCACCCAGACUCUGCUCAUUUAUUAUUGUUUUUCUUCUUUUUUUAAAGCUUGAGUCUGAAACCUAACUUGAAUAAUACAAACAUCAAAUUAUUGUACAUAUGUCAAAACUGAGGCGAUGCAUCAAUAGCGCCUAUUUGAGCUACAGCAUAGACUCAUGUCAUGGAAAUUUUGUACUAAUUUAUCUAUUUCAUAGGGCGAUGAAAAAUGCAUUAAAACCAGAG